AUGCAUCGUUUCUUCCGCUCCCUGCAUCCUUAUAGUACCAGGGCAGCCUCAAAUUACAAUGGCAAUAUCCACAAACGGAUGAACCAAAGCCGAACGAUCUCGUGUUCCAUCCCCAGGAUUGAUGUCCCCAGCUUGAGUCUCGCCUCUGAAGCCUCACAUCUCAAAGCUGUGCAUGAGACACUGGAAGCGAAUGGUGUGCUCCAACUGCAACUGGGGUUUGCCGAUCCCGAAAGCAACUACCUUGAGAAUCUCGUUCAUCAUCUACACAUAAACCACCAGCACGGCUUGCCGAUCAAUCACAGUGCCGAACGAGGCUGGUUUUGGGAUGUCCGACCUUGCAUAAAUGCCGAACAUCUGAAAUACCAAGCACGGUCAGAAACAAUGCAUAAAUUUGACUGGCAUACAGACUGUAGCUAUGAGGAGCGCCCUCCAAAAUAUUUUGCUCUUCAAGUCCUCCAGCCGGACCGUUGCGGCGGCGGAGUACUGUCUGUCCUCGAUGUUGAUCGGCUUCUGAGAAUGCUUUCUCCUUUCGCACAAAAAUGGCUCGCUGGUAACAAUUACAGAAUCAAUGUCCCUCCUGAGUUUAUCAAGGAGGCGGGCGAGGAUCAUAUAGUGGGAAAUCUGUUACUAGCGAAGCCUGAAGGGCAGAGUGGCAGUCAACUGCGACUACGAGUGGAUAUCACCGUUCCAUUGACGAAUGAUGCUGCAAAGGCGCUGGAGGAACUUAAACAGACACUUUGGGGGGAUGCUGUUGGCGAGGAGAUUCUCCAUCUGAGUCCAAACGAUCUUCCUCAAGGGUCGAUUAUUGUAAUGAAUAAUCGGCGUUGGUUACACUCACGGAAUGAAGUCAAAGAUCCUGGCCGACAUUUGCGAAGGAUUCGAUGGGAUGCGAGGCCAUUUGGAGCCACUUGA